AUGGCAACUUCGCAAUCGCCAUUGAAUUUUCUCUCCCAGACUCCAUUUCCAUACCCUUCUUCAUCUUCUUCACAAUCUCACUUUCUCAUUCCACUAUUAGAAACCUGUUGCUUAAACAGAGCUCUCAAGUUUAAAAUUUGUUGUUCGACUCAUUCUAUUGAAAUUGGCACGCAGCAGCAAAGUAGCCUCACCAGGAAGAAGAGAAAGCCCAGGCCUAGCUUUGUUGAGCAAAUUCAAGAUAAAUGGUCUCGGAAACCCACUAUCUUGAUAGAAAAACUCCCAUGGGAAGAAGAAGAAAAAGAAGAAGCAAAGUUCGAAAAUUUUGAAGAAGAUGAAGAGCGAAAUGUGAGAUUUUCCAAUGGGGUUGUUUCUCAGACAGCAAGUGAAAAGAGCUCUGCAGUUAGUCAGCCAGUGAGUUCUGGUUUACCGGAAAAGGUAAUAUUGCCUCCUUGGGAGCAUGGAAAAAAGCCCAGAAAAAAGUCCCAGUUUGAUAAUCCAGUUAGAAACUCGAGGCGGGCCAGUAAUAGUACUGAAAGCCUCAAUGGCCUUAAUGAUCAUGCUCAAAAUUAUGCUACUAACGUCGUGUAAUUCAAAAUUGUAAUAAUUUUGAGGGAAAAUUUGAU